AUGUUUUCCCGAUUAAGAAUAGCCGCCGCUCCUUGUGUGCUGGCACGCCGCAGCGCGCACACCAAAGAAAAAGGCAAGCUAUUGAUGCUGAACCCCAGGACAAAUAAGGGUAUGGCUUUUACGUUAAAAGAACGCCAAAUGCUUGGGCUGCAAGGACUUCUGCCUCCAAAAAUAGAGACUCAAGACAUCCAAGCCAUGCGCUUCCAUAGAAACCUGGCCAAAAUGACCGACCCUUUGGAAAAAUACAUCUACAUAAUGGGGAUCCAGGAAAGGAACGAGAAGUUAUUCUACAGGGUGUUGCAAGACGAUAUCGAGCGGUUAAUGCCAAUCGUUUAUACUCCGACUGUGGGCCUAGCUUGUACCCAUUACGGACAUAUUUUUAGGAGACCGAAGGGAUUGUUCAUUGCCAUAACCGACAGGGGCCAUGUUAGAUCCAUCAUAAAGAACUGGCCAGAAAAUGAUGUGAAGGCUGUUGUAGUCACUGAUGGAGAAAGGAUCCUGGGCCUUGGUGAUCUUGGUGUGUACGGAAUGGGGAUCCCUGUGGGUAAACUCUGUCUCUACACAGCCUGUGCUGGCAUACGACCCGAUAAGUGCCUCCCUGUGUGUAUUGAUGUCGGAACUGACAAUCAGACUCUUCUGCAAGACCCAUUUUAUAUGGGGCUCUACCAGAAACGAGACCGCUCACAGCUUUACGACGACCUCAUCGACGAGUUCAUGGAAGCCAUUAUAGACAGGUACGGCCAGAGCACACUCAUUCAGUUUGAAGACUUUGGAAACCACAACGCUUUCCGCUUUUUAAGGAAGUACAGGGAAAAAUACUGCACCUUCAACGACGAUAUACAAGGGACGGCUUCAGUGGCCUUAGCUGGCUUGCUGGCAGCGCAGAAGGUUAUUGAUAAGCCGCUCACAGACCACCGGAUCUUGUUCCUCGGUGCGGGAGAGGCUGCCCUUGGAAUUGCAAAUCUCAUUGUGAUGGCUAUGGUAGAAAGUGGACUUUCCACUGAAGAAGCUCAAAAGAAGAUUUGGAUGUUUGACAAAUUUGGCUUAUUGAUUCAGGGCCGGGAACAAAAGGUGGAUACCAACCAAGAACCCUUCAGUCAUCCAGCUCCAGACCAGGUGCCCAAGACCUUCUUAGACGCAGUGAAUGUGCUUCAGCCUUCUGCCAUCAUUGGAGUUGCAGGUGCCGGACGGCUCUUUUCCCAUGAUGUGAUCCAAGCGAUGGGCUCCAUCAAUCAGAGGCCAAUAAUAUUUGCACUGAGUAACCCAACUGUGAAAGCGGAAUGCACCGCUGAGGACGCAUACACGUUAACUGAGGGGCGUUGCUUGUUUGCCAGCGGCAGCCCAUUUGAGCCAGUGAAGCUGAGUGACGGGCGAGUCUUCAAACCGGGCCAGGGAAACAAUGCUUACAUAUUUCCAGGUGUCGCUCUUGCGGUUGUGCUUAGUGGCGUUCGACACAUUAGUGAUAAAGUCUUCCUGGAAGCCGCAAAGACGUUGACUGCGCAGCUGAGUGAAGAAGAGCUAGGCCACGGAAGGCUGUAUCCGCGGCUCAGCAACAUCCGAGAAGUUUCUAUUAACAUUGCGGUUAAGGUUAUGGAGUAUUUGUAUGCCAACCACAUGGCUUUUCAUUACCCCGAGCCUAAGGACAAGAACAAAUACAUCCGGUCCAACGUAUGGACCAACGAAUAUGAGUCCUUCCUGCCGGACUUGUAUGACUGGCCAGCAUCAAUGUCAUACUCACCGAAAAUGCAGUGACUUUCCCUCAGGAUGGAUU